UAUAUAUAGCGCAGACUAUAUUUUAAACGCGUACGGUAGAUUCCAUCUUCCAAGAGAACUGUAAUGACUGCAAUUUCAGAACCAAAUGAAACCGAUGUUAUUAUCGUAGGAGCAGGACUGAGUGGGCUCUCGGCAGCAAAACUUCUUACAGAACAAAGGUUAAAUGUGGUUGUAUUAGAAGCACGUGACCGUGUGGGUGGCCGAACUCAUACCGCCAGAAAUGACAUUGUAGAAUGGGUCGACUUGGGAGGCGCCUAUGUUGGUCCAACCCAAAACCACAUUCUUCGACUGGCUAAAGAGUUAGGAGUUCAAACCUAUAAGGUGUUCUCUGACCUGAAAAGCAUACAGUACAGCAAAGGAAAACAAUUUGUUUACAGCAGUCAGUGGGCAAAGUUUGGACUAUGUAGUCCAUUAGCAUGGUUCGACAUCACCCAUGUUAUGAAAAAAAUGGACAAAAUGAUGGAGCAGAUUCCAAGAGAAGAACCAUGGAAAUGUCAGUUUGCUCAGGAGUGGGAUGACAUUACUCUAAACUCAUAUCUUGAAAAGGAAUGUUGGACAAAGUAAGUUUAUUGUAGAUAAAAGUGAAUUCUU